AAGUUAGACCCGACGGUCAGCGAAGAGCAAUAAAACCCCUCGCGGCGACCCGAGGCCAGGGCUUUACCACGAGAGAUACCCUAACCUAACCCUAGCUCCCCUCUCCCUCUCUCUUACGCCCUCUCGCCGCCGUUCUCAACCAUGCCGUUCAAGCGAUACGUGGAGAUCGGGAGGGUUGCCCUCGUGAACUACGGGAAGGAUUACGGGAGGCUCGUCGUCAUCGUCGACGUUGUCGACCAGAACCGAGCUCUGGUCGAUGCCCCUGAUAUGGUGCGAGGGCAAAUGAAUUUUAAGAGGCUUUCCUUGACUGAUAUUAAGAUCGACAUUCCUAGACUUCCUAAGAAGAAGUCUCUAAUUGCUGCCAUGGAAGCUGCAGAUGUGAAGAACAAAUGGGAGAAUAGUUCAUGGGGAAGGAAAUUGAUUGUUCAGAAGAGAAGAGCCGCCUUGAAUGAUUUUGACAGGUUCAAGGUCAUGUUGGCAAGGAUCAAGAGAGGUGGUGCUAUCCAGCAGGAGUUCGCAAAACUGAAGAAGCAGAAUGCAUCCUGAGGUCUGAUGGCAUGGUUCGCUGGUUUUUUUACAUCGCUUGUGAUGCAUCCCUGUUCGAUCUUACUUUUAGUUCUUGUUCAAAAGCCAGAACUUGGGGGAUCUUUUAGUAGAGAUCUUAUCGGAGAUUUUGCCUAGAUAUUUACAUUUUUUUUUUAUGUUUUUGUUUUAAUGCCAAGUUUGUUCUUUAAUCGCUGAAUGUUGCAGGUAGCUAAUUAUUCUGUUUUCAAUUUGACGAAUUUCCAUGCUUUUGAACCGUCAAUCUAAACGGAGUAUUGUAAGAGCUAAUACGAUGGACAGGAAGGUGCAGAUUGCCCUUUUGUUC